AUGGCUUAUACACUUUUUGCUGUGAUAGCAGGAUCAAUCUACAAUUUGUUGCAUAUCCCUUUUGCAAUAUAUUUUCUAAUAAGAAAGAAGCCUAUGAUAAAUCAUAAGGUUUUUCGACAGAUUGAACUCUAUGGUGACAAGAUUAUAUUUGGGGUACUAGCAAUAGGAGCUGGUGCAGCAUUAGGUGCAACUAUGGAUUUAAAUAGAAUUGUUUAUAAUGAUAAUAACUCAAAGUUUCAUAAAUUCUUAAACUUGAUGUAUAUUCCAGCUGCAUUUCUUUGGGCUGGACUUGUCACAUCUGGAAUUUCUUCUAUAUUAUCAUCUUUUAGUCUUCAUGAGACUGAAUCAUGA